GGCAGAUGGCUGCUUCGUAUUAGUACCCUCAAUUCCCCGGUCAUGAGCCCCCUUCCCCCGUUCUGCCGCUCGUCAGACCAUCCCUCAACGUGACCACCUACCGGUAGUUUCCUUGGCACAGUGCACCCAAGAUGAAGGACCUCACGUUACUCAUUCUCUACUUGGCCAUCCCCAGUCUUCUCUACUCAGCCGUCAAGCAAGUUCUCACAUGGAGAAAGAGUGCCGGAUCCAAAGCCAGGUUUCCAGGGCCGCAACAGUUCCCCAUCGUGGGCCGUGUCCAUGACCUACCGCGCUUUUCGCUCUGGUUGAAGUUCAAGGAAUGGGCAGACGAACAUGGACCUAUUUACUACACCAGAGCCCUGAACCAGCCGUUCAUAAUUGUAUCCGACGAAAAGAUUGCAGAGGAGUUGCUUGUUAAGAGAGGCCACAUCUACUCGGGCCGGCCACAGAUCCGGUCCCUCAUCAGGCACAAAGAGGGCCCGGCAUAUUCUGCCCUGAUGGACCGUCAUGACAUCUGGAAAACGCAGCGCAAGUGGUGCCACGCCGCCAUGGCCGAGGCCUACAGGCAUCACUUCUACGGCCACGUCGAGAAGGAGAUGAAGCGGUACCUGGGCCUGCUGCUGCUGGACCCGGCGAGGUUCCUCGACUACACUCGCGAGUACUGCGGGCGCGUCAUGUCGCGGCUAGCGUGGGACGACGCAACGCAGGGACGCACCAACGGCGACAGCGCCGACCAGACGCUGCACUGUAUGAGUGUCUCGGGUCCCAUCACCAACACCCUGACCCCACUGUGGUAUCUGCCCGCGUUCGUCAACCCGUGGUAUAACUAUGAGAUCUGGCGCGAGCGCGAACAGCGCGCCUGGUGGCUCAACAACUUCCGCCUGGCCAAGAACCGCAUGCGGAGGGGCGACCUGCCGAACGAUACCUGGGCGUACCGGUACUUUGAGCAGCUCAGGCGGGAGGGAAACGAGAGCCUGGACCAGCCAGAGGACCAGGAGGCGUUUGCGAGCUGCAUGAUCGGGUUCCUCAACUUGGUCGGCGUCGUCACCAUCAGCGGACCGCUCAAGUUCUUCCUCAUGGCCAUGGCGCUGCACCCGGAGUGGCAGAAAAAGGCGCAGGCCGAGAUCGACCAGGUUUGCGGGGAUCGCAUGCCGGCGAUUCAGGACUUUGCGAAUCUGCCCACAGUGCGGGCUUGCUUGAAGGAAACAGUUCGGUGGAGGUCCGGUGUGCCGCUGGGUGUCCCCCACCAAGCCGAGUGCGACGACGAAUACCGGGGUGUCAAAAUCAAGAAGGGAACAGUCAUUCUCGCAUGCGAAUGGGCCCUCAACCGCGUCCCCGCCAAGUACCCCGACGGCGACAACUACCGGCCCGAGCGCUGGCUCGAGCCGGGCUGGCCAACCUACCAGGAGCCGCUGACCCGAUACCCCAACUUCCGCGAGGGCCACUCGAUGCACACGUUCGGCUGGGGCCGGCGCACCUGUCUGGGCCAGAACAUUGUCGACGACGAGACGUUUGUCUUCGCGGCCGCGACGCUGUGGGCCUUUAACCUCGGCCCCGAGAUCUGCCCGCGCACGGGGCAAGCCGUGCCCAUCGACACGCAGGCGACCAACAGCCAUGUCAUCUUGGAGCCGCUGCCGUAUCGGAUUAGUAUUAAGGUGCGGAGUGAGGAGAGGGGAAGGCUGGUGCUGGAGGGUUAUCAUCAGGUCAUGCGGGAGUUGAGGGUGUGAAUGCAUAUAUGCGCAUGCGGGGUGACCCAGUGAUGCUUUGGGAAGAAGUAAAAGGAGGUGGUUUGAGAUAUGGAAGUAAGGACUGAUCUCUAGGCUGAGAACUAAGAAUCGCUGUGGUGGAGAAGAGUGAGGAGGAGGUGGUGAAGAGGGUUAGAGACAACAGCGGCGGAUCUUCAGGUUAUUAGUGGUUAACACUCCUUUUCUGUCGUGCUUUCUUCAUCUUCUCCCCAAUUUCUUACUAUCUCUCAUUCUCUCUCUCGUAGGUACCUUAUCCGGCACAUUGCAGCAGAGCGGACUCCCAAUGUCACUGAGGCAGACUGGAAU